GGUGGGUUCACCUAAAAGAAGUAAACAGAAAUAUGUAUUGUAUAAGUAGCUUACAUGAUUAUUGAGUAUAGAUUUUCAUAUUUUUUAAUUUAUAGCAUACCAGGUAUCACACUUAUAUGAUCGUGAAUCACGACAGGAUUUCGCUUCUUUUUAUUGUUUUCCUUGUUGGGGUCCAGUGAUGAAGAAUCGCUUCCUGAGCUCUGACUUUUUGAUACUUUCGCCGUAGCAGCAGUCUCAAGAGAAAGGGUGGUUCGGGUCGCAAUUGUUGCAGACGCUGGAGGCAGUGUGCGUAGACCGUACACUCUCAAAUUUGCGGGGCAGCUGCGAACGGGUGGGGUAGAGUCAAAUUUAUGUUGAGCUGGAAGCGUUGCUACUGAAGAGUUAGAGGUGAUAGCCUUGCGGGCCGAACUGGCUGAAGAGGGUGUGGCUUGAGCCUUCGCACAUUGAAAGCAAGAUGAUGUUUUGAUCAAGCAUCGACGACAUCGAAUAUGCCCACAAAAUUCUCUCAAAGGUCGAUUGUCAGUGAGAUCUAGAGGACUUUUGCACUCCUCAGGGCAUUCUUCCACACCUGGAAUAUUAUCAUGUAAUGAACAUACUUACAUAUAAAACAUUAUUAAACACAAGUUUAUUGAAAUAUUAAAGCACUCACCAAAGAGUUUUAAAACACUGUUUACUACUCCGUUUCCUCCUAUACCGACGAUGGCAUUGCUGGGGUUUUGGGACGAUGUAGGCCACAAUGCUGCAUUUUCACUUUUUGGAUCCAUUGCCGAUAAUAAUUAUCGGCAAUUAACAAUUCAAUUAUUGAAUUGGUAUUUCCUCAAAAAUUUAAUUGAUAAAAAAACCUUAAGCACGAGGAUAAAAAAAAUCUGCCUAAAAAAUUAAAAAUGGCAAAAACCAUAGUCAUGCUCCUCCUCUACCAGUUUUUCAACCCAAAUAUAGAGGGCGAAAACUUCGCUUCGAGAAUUCAACGCGAGAAACCGAACUGAAAAUGAGACGACCAAAAAAAAAACCAAAACCUAAAAUUAAUAUGGUCAGCAUGCAACCUCGACCAUCACGUGCUCGUAUCCUUCCCACACUGUUAGUAUGGUAGGGAUACGAACGCGGGAAUCAAAUUCUGGCCGAGGUUGGAUGCUGAGAACUAUAAUUUGAAAAACAAUUCAACAACUUGAAGAUCAUCUUUGUUCAAAGGAACAUAUUUACAAAAUCAAUGUAAAAAUUAUCAAUUACAAUUAUUGUAAAUUAAUUAUUAAUUUCUCCAGGUCUGCUAUUAUUUACAUAUUUAAAUUGUUGCAACAUGGUUUUUAACUAACGAUAAACUGUUUUUGCAUUUAAACGAAGAAAAAUUCCACACCAUCAACAUAACAAGACAUUAAAGGUUAUAUACUUGCGUCACCCUUUUACAUACAUGUAUUAAUUACAUAUAGGUAUUUUUGAACAAUAAAUACAUCAUUAAAUCGAACACAAAUUGUGUUACACAAUCAAAUCAAGACUGCACUGGAUUUUCACAUGCAUCAAGUUUAUCAAGGUCGAAUUAUACAUUCUUGACUGCGACCAAAUAAAAAACUUUAUUCUGCAUUGACAAAUUGUGCGGACAAGUUGGUAAAUUAUUUAAAUUACAUUGACAAUUAGGUCUCAAUGGGCAGAGUACAUCCACUCUCUUGGAUACUACUCCUUAUCGUCUUUGUCCAGGUCCACGCAGCAGCAGACGACAACGAUGAUCCCGGUUCAAAAACCACCGAUAUAAAAGUCGGGUUCGAAAAAUUCUUUAAUCCCAAAACCGGUGCCGAUGCAUUCCAUAAAUUUUUGAAAGAAAGUGGCCGAAAAAUGGGACUGAAGGGUUUAGACGAUAAAGACGAUGAAGACAAAAAAGAUGAUGAUGACGAUGGCAAGAAAGAUGACAAGAAAAAGCUCUCCGAAGAAGAAGCCAGCCUCCCCGCAAAGGUGUUCGUCUUCUACUUGAAGACGUAUGAUUGCGCCAAGUCGAAAGUGUACAAAGAAUUCGCCACCAAUUACAAGAAUAACUCUUUGAUAACGUCGGACGUCGAUGAAGACGUGGAUGACAAAUGGCUCAAAAAGUUGGCCAAGAAAGAUAUCGACGUCGAUGAUCCGGAUAAAGCGUCAGUUGGAGUUGACGAAGCUAAUAAGAAGCUGGCAAAAUUGAGUGAGGAUCAAAUAGCAAAGUUGGACAAGGGAGUAACAGAAAUGCCACUGGAAGCUCAAAUUGUUAUCCAUUUCGUGAAAGUUAUCGGAUGUCAGGACAGUAAACUUGACGACUACAAAAAAUUCAACGACAUGAUGAAGGAGCAGAUUAGCAAGGCGAAAAGUAAGGGCAAAAAAAUCACGGCGUCAUACUGCAUUGCUAAAGCUCAGACCAUUUUACAUGACGAAUUUUAAUAAGGAAUUUAAUUAGUGGCAUUUAAAAAAAUGCUUAACUUAUACGUAUAAAUUUUAUUUUGAUUUUUAAAUUUUUAACGCCUCUGUGUAAAUACAUACAUAAAAUUUUA